UAUAUAAAUGAAAAUUAAAUUGCGACAGAGGCAUGUAGCGUUUAGCCGAUUGUCGUAUAGUGUAUGGGGCGCAUGGAUAUCGUGAAGGAUCGUGUGUGGUGCCCUCAUCAGUCAGUAGAGCGGACUCGGAUCGCGCGGACGCGCGGCGUGUCGGUGCUUGUAGUUUUUUAGUUUGACAGUUGGCGCGUUUUUCGUUUUGGUUCAACCGGAUAUUUCUUGUGGAAAUCAUAGAUUUUAAGUUAGUGUAAUCUGUGUAUUUUCUGUUGAUUCUAAGUGUACGACUGUUCGUUUGUGAAUUUUCCACGCCGGCUGUGAAUUGAGUGGUUGCACGCCCUGUGUACCUGCUCUCGUCGUGUUGUGCAGAAUUUUUGUGAUUUCUCUUUCGGAAAUUGUUUUGUGGACGAAUUGCACCCGCUGCUGGGAACGACAGAGUUCGCAACCUGCAGCAUAAUAGGGAGCCAUACGCCGCGGCGGAAAGACGGGUGCGACACGCACUCGUGAGCUAGGAGGUUGUCGGGCGUGGUGCGGGCGGCGGCCGCGAGCCCGGCACCAUGGCUACGGUGGAGGGGCGGCCGGCGCAAUAUGGCGUCACCCUACGGCAGCUGCGCGAGCUGAUGGAGUCUCGCGGCGCCGAGGGCAUGGCCAAGAUCAACGCGCUCGGUGGUCCGCAAGACAUAUGCAAGAAACUCUACACAUCGCCCACAGAUGGUCUUAGCGGUUCGAAAGCAGACCUGACUCACAGGCGCGAGGUGUUCGGUUCGAAUCUUAUCCCACCAAAGCCCCCCAAGACUUUCCUCACUUUAGUCUGGGAGGCGCUGCAAGACGUAACCCUCAUUAUCUUGGAAGUUGCUGCCGUUGUCUCCUUAGGAUUGAGUUUCUACAAACCGUCAGAUGAUCCCGCAGAUGUUGCUCAUCUCGACGAAGAGGAAGGUCAUUAUCAAUGGAUCGAAGGUCUGGCGAUCUUAAUAUCAGUUAUAGUCGUCGUUAUAGUUACAGCGUUCAACGAUUACACAAAAGAAAGGCAAUUCAGAGGUCUACAGUCUCGGAUAGAAGGCGAGCACAAGUUCGCUGUGAUCAGAGGCAACGAAGUGAAACAGGUCCCGAUCAGCGAGAUAGUCGUCGGCGAUAUCUGUCAGAUCAAGUAUGGUGAUCUGCUGCCCGCCGACGGUAUACUGCUGCAGAGCAAUGACUUGAAGAUUGAUGAAUCGUCGCUUACCGGCGAAUCGGACCAUGUCAAGAAAGGAGAAUCGUUUGAUCCUAUGGUGCUAUCCGGUACUCACGUCAUGGAAGGUUCCGGCAAAAUGCUGGUGACAGCAGUCGGUGUGAACUCCCAGGCGGGUAUCAUCUUCACGCUGCUCGGCGCCGCCGUCGACAAGCAGGAGAAGGAAAUCAAACAGAUGAAGAAAGAAGCGAAAAAGCAGCAACGCAAAGGGACGCAACGCAAGAGUCUUACCGGUGACGAGGACGCGAACCUGGGCGUGGCGGGCAACAGCCACGGCGCCAACCACCGGCCCGAGGACAACCACGUGGCCGCGCCCGCCGACACCAAGCCGCCGCCAGAACACUCGCACAAGAAGGAGAAGUCCGUGUUGCAGGCCAAGCUCACCAAGCUCGCUAUACAGAUCGGUUACGCGGGCUCCACAAUCGCCGUCCUAACGGUUAUCAUCCUGGUGAUCAACUUCUGCGUGCACACGUUCGUGAUCGAGGGCAAGCCGUGGAAGGCGACCUACAUCAACAACCUGGUCAAGCAUCUCAUCAUCGGUGUCACCGUACUUGUGGUCGCCGUGCCUGAGGGGCUGCCGCUCGCUGUUACACUGUCGCUUGCUUAUUCUGUCAAGAAAAUGAUGAAAGACAACAACUUGGUCCGCCACUUGGACGCGUGCGAGACCAUGGGCAACGCGACGGCCAUCUGUUCCGACAAGACGGGCACGCUCACCACCAACCGCAUGACGGUCGUGCAGUCCUACAUCUGCGAGAAGCUCUGCAAGGUCACGCCCAACUACCGCGACAUCCCGCCAGAUGUCGCCGAGACCAUGAUCGAGGGUAUCUCCGUCAACAGCGCCUUCACCUCUAGGAUUAUGCCGAACCAAGACCCCACCGGUCCUCCGAUGCAAGUGGGCAACAAGACGGAGUGCGCCCUCCUCGGGUUCGUGGUGGCGCUGGGCCAGAGCUACGAGGGAGUGCGCGAGCGACACCCCGAGGAGUCCUUCACCAGGGUCUACACCUUCAACUCCGUCAGGAAGAGCAUGUCCACCGUCAUCCCGCACAAGGGCGGCUACAGGCUCUACACCAAGGGAGCCUCCGAAAUUGUUUUGAAGAAAUGCGCAUUCAUCUACGGACACGAAGGUCGCCUGGAGAAGUUCACGCGUGACAUGCAGGAGCGGCUUGUGCGACAGGUCAUCGAACCCAUGGCCUGCGACGGACUCAGGACCAUCUCUGUGGCCUACAGGGACUUUGUGCCCGGCAAGGCUGAUAUCAACCAGGUGCAUAUAGACCAGGAGCCCAACUGGGACGACGAGGACAACAUCGUGAACAACCUGACCUGUCUGUGCGUAGUCGGUAUUGAAGAUCCUGUGCGGCCAGAAGUACCAGAAGCCAUCAGGAAGUGCCAGAAGGCGGGCAUCACAGUCCGCAUGGUGACAGGUGACAACGUGAACACGGCGCGCUCCAUCGCAGUCAAGUGCGGCAUUCUUAAACCCACGGACGACUUCCUCAUCCUGGAGGGCAAGGAGUUCAACAGGCGGAUCCGGGAUACUGAUGGAGAGGUACAACAACACCUACUGGACAAGGUGUGGCCGAAGCUGCGCGUGUUGGCGCGGUCGUCGCCCACCGACAAGUACACGCUCGUGAAGGGUAUGAUCGAGUCGAAGGCGUUCGACACGCGCGAGGUGGUCGCCGUCACCGGGGACGGGACCAACGACGGGCCCGCGCUCAAGAAGGCCGACGUCGGGUUUGCUAUGGGUAUUGCCGGCACAGACGUAGCCAAGGAAGCCUCGGACAUCAUCCUGACGGACGACAACUUCUCGUCGAUAGUGAAGGCGGUCAUGUGGGGCCGCAACGUGUACGACUCCAUCGCCAAGUUCUUGCAGUUCCAGCUCACUGUCAACGUGGUCGCCGUUAUUGUUGCCUUCAUCGGUGCUUGUGCGAUACAGGACAGUCCUCUUAAGGCGGUACAAAUGUUAUGGGUGAACCUGAUCAUGGACACGCUGGCGUCCCUGGCCCUGGCCACGGAGAUGCCGACGCCGGACCUGCUGCAGCGGAAGCCCUACGGCCGGACCAAGCCGCUCAUCAGCCGCACCAUGAUGAAGAACAUCCUCGGACAGGCCAUCUAUCAGCUCUUUAUUAUAUUCUCUUUGCUGUUUGUCGGCGACAGGAUCCUGAACAUCCCAUCAGGUCGCGGCCAGCCCCUCGGCUCGGAACCCACCCAGCACUUCACCAUCAUCUUCAACACCUUCGUGAUGAUGACCCUGUUCAACGAGAUUAACGCGCGCAAGAUCCACGGCCAGCGAAACGUGUUCCAGGGACUCUUUACUAACCCUAUCUUCUACUCUAUAUGGAUCGGAACUGCAGCCUCACAGGUGGUGAUCAUCCAGUUCGGCGGCAUGGCGUUCAGUACGGCGGGUCUGUCGCUGGACCAGUGGCUGUGGUGCCUGUUCUUCGGAGCCGGGACCCUCGUGUGGGGACAGCUCGUCACCACCGUGCCCACGCGCAAGAUGCCCAAGAGACUCUCAUGGGGCCGAGGCCAGCCCGACCCCGAGACGAUCCAACCGGGGCCAGACUACGACGCCGACCUGGACAAGAAGCCCCGCGCCGGACAGAUCCUCUGGAUCCGGGGCCUGACGCGUCUGCAGACCCAGCUGCGCGUGGUGCGCGCCUUCAAGUCCACGCUGGAGGACCUGGAGGAGCGGCUGUCGGCGCACUCGGCGGCGGGGCUGCGCUCGCGCCUGCGCGCCGCGCCCGACAUCGCCUACAUCGACGCGGACGACGUGCCCGCCGCCGCCCGCACCGAGACCACCAUAUUCUGAGCGGCACGCACACCGACCCGACCGACCGACCACGAGACGCACUCACGACUAUUUAUUUUUAUUGUAUGCAACUUUUCGUUUGUUCCGGCGGCGGCCGCCCGCUCGUACUUAACGCCGCUAUCUCCGCGUAAUCCCGCGCCGCGCCACUCCGGAUCUGUCUCGAUCGUGUUCGCGCCCUUUAACGAUUUACCGACUCUUCAUUUUAGUACGUUAAGAAGUUUUAUUAAGUGUUGAAAUUUUUAGUGCUAGGUAGUUGGAUAGAGCAAUAACUACUAGAGGGUGUUAGCGGCCCGAGGUAGGCUCCCACAGACCGCACUGGGUCUGUUGCCUGUACAAUUUCAAUUCAUAUUUAUAACCUGUUGAAGUUUUCGUAAUGUUAACGUUCAAAUAGCACGUGUUUGCUUAUUUGAAUAGUAGAACGAUAAAGCAUAUCUUAGUGUCGGGACCCCUUUUUCAUAUACGUAGGUUAUACGAGUCUUUCUACCGGUCAUUAUAAAUGAACACUGCUAUUUUAGAGAUGAACAUAUUUGUACAUAAGUUAGUGAUUUUCAAAGCGUCUUUUUAUGAAUAUCGGAGUGAUAUUUUGUAUAGGUAGCUAUAUGAAACUAAAUGAUGAAACUCCAAUUUAAAUUGUAAAACUUUUUAAUAAUCCUUGAUCUUCGAAAAAUUUUACGAAAAAAAAUUAUUGAAUUUAAAUAAAGUUUAAAGUUUUCAACUUGUCACUUACUUAGCUUUUUGUGUAAAUAGUUUGUUACGAGAAAAUAUUAUUAUAAUUGUGAGAUAAUGAGGGUACUUGGCAGCUUGUGUGUUUUGUUUCAUAGUAAAUUUUGGGACCACUUUUAACCCCUUCUAUCUGUGAGAUCUUUAAAUAUAUAUAUAUCGGUUACGAGACAGUAUUGUGUCUAUAAAAAUAAAUAAAACAUAUGACUUACAUAGUACCUUAUGUAUGCGCCUAAAGUUUAGUAUGAAUAUAGACACUUCACGCAUAAAAAAACCAAAACGAGCUCUAUUAUAAAGUGUAUCUUAAAAAAACUUAACUUGGUAUUUGCGAAAUGUUACAAGAAUACUAUUUACAUGAAACAAAAAAAAAAGUAAUAAAACUGUAAGCAAAUUCCAUAGCAUUUUCUUUCGAGUGAUUUUGUUCUGGUGGAGGUGGCAAUUUAGCCGAUACGCUCUUUUCAGAUGUUGACGGUAAGUUUAGGUCUGACACAUAGGGAGCGUAACGUUGUGAGUAUCGACAGACCAUGUAGGUACACGUUGAACUUGUUAGAGCAUGGAUACCGUGGUGUCUGCACCCUGGCUGCCAGCGAAACCGGUCAGCCAACGCUUCAUUGAAUCAUAUCAAUUGUACUGACUGCUGUUGGCAUAUUUCCUAUCAGUAUUUUCGAUUGAGCGCGUUUUCAAGUAAUUUUUAAGCAUACUGUGUGUAUUUCUUUUUUGAGAUUAUGAUGGAAAUGUUGUAUUUUCUUACAACGAUUGAAGUAACUUGUUUUUUUUUUUAUGUAAGACCGAAACAAGUAUAAUAAUAUCACAAGGCCCAGUCAUAAUAAACAAUUGUAUAUCAUUCAAUAAGUCAAUACGUACACCAAUAAAGGUGAGACCGGGAGCGGCCAUCUUGUGACGUCACGUCGACAACAUGGCCGCUCCACCUAGAUUGUAAGUAUUGAAGCAUUAUUAUGAAGCAAAUGUAUAUUUUUUGGUACAAAAUAUUGUUUCUUUAAUUGUUUUUAAUUUUUAAUUAUUUCUGCUUCGCAUUUACAGUGUGAUCAUGCUUAUAUUACAGUGUUAUGCAUGUAUACUGAUGUCUGUGAGUAUUGCACAAUUUGUAUUUUUUUUUCUUUAAUAUUAUUGUUACGUAGAUGUUUGUAUAGAGUUUCUGAUAAUAUACUUUCUUAUGAUCAAUAUUUUUUUUCAUGUUAUCAGAGGCUCGAAAAAGGUUUUAUAUCCGAAUUUUCAUUUUUUAUUACUGUAACAGUCAGCAUAGAAUAAAAAAUGGUUUUUAUAUACAACCACGAUAACUUACAAAACUUUAACACUGUAGUUGAUAAGCUGAUAAAAUAAUAUUAUUUCACAAGAAAAAAAUAAUGAACGCAUAAAUUUUUAUUAUCUCCACUAUUACACCAAAAGUAGUCUAAGUGUUAAAUUUAAAAAAUAAAAUUAAUACAAAACGGCUCUUACAUUAUCCACUUAAUUAUUUUUUUUCAUUAACUCGGUUGUGUAUGUACUUAUGUAUUAAGUUGAUUUUCGUAAUCUUAUUAUUAUUUUUUUGAGUUUUACUGUAACGAUACGUUUAAUUGUUAAAUAAUACAUACUUAACCGGCACUAUAAACCACUAUAGUAAAUUAAAACUCAUUAUAAUAAAAGUAUUUAUUUGACAAA